UCUAGAUUUCUGACAUUGACUGUUUUUGUUGACAACUUGAUUGACAUGCGCUGCUGACACACGACUUGGAAACUCCGUUUGUAUGCUUCUAAUUAGAGAUUGGAAGCAAUGAUGAUAGCAUGGCUAAUGAGUGUGGAACUGGUGACUCAUUAUCGUACUCUAAAGAGAUCAACAAAAGUGCCCAGAAGAGUUUGAUACCUCUCACAGAAGACUUGGCAGAAUGGCUCUCAAGGGUGUUAGAUGUUAGUGUUGAAGUUGACACAUUUAUGGACUCAUUAGACAAUGGCGUACUACUAUGUAAGCUUGCUCAAUUAGUACAACGCAAAGCCGUAGAAUGUCAAAAAGCAGGCCAUCAACUCAAAGAUAAUGUUCCACAAGGAAAAAUAAAAUGUCGAGAGAACGCCACGUCAGAAUCAUUCUUUGCACGUGAUAACAUUGCAACAUUUUUGUCUUGGUGUCGUGAGCUUGGAUUAGAAGAUACCUGUCUCUUUGAAACUGAUGGUCUAGUGUUAAGGAGAUCACCGCAGAAUGUGCUAGUGACUAUCUAUGAAUUAGCUCGCCUUGGAUCAAGGCUUGGCAUAGAACCACCAGGACUACUCAAACUUGAGAAAGAGAUUGAGAAGGAGGAGAGAAACCCUAGACCAGUCUCAGCUAAAAAGGUCUCAACCUUAGAUGAACAGGUCCGUAAGAUCUCUAAAGAGAAGAAAGUGACGGACAUCCAUAGGAUAUCAGAAGGAAAGUACAACAUUGGAGGAAAGAUCGUCUUGAUCAGGAUGCUUCGAGGGCGACAUGUCAUGGUCCGUGUAGGAGGUGGAUGGGAGACGUUAGAAUCCUACCUCGAUAAACACGUCGUGACGUCCAUGAAGCGGAUCGGACGAGCAGUAGAGCUAGGAGAGGGUGAAACUAUACAGGAUGAUUAUUUUGUCAUGAAUGCCAAAUACAAGAGCCACGAUAGCGUCAAUAAUAACGGAAGAAGAUAACCAGCUCUCAGCUAUGUAAAGUUGUUUUUGUGCUCAUUGUUUGUCAUAAAGUGCUUAAAUGCAAUGUGUCACGUAUAACAUGACAUUGUGACAUUUAUCCAUAUAUUAAACCAAGGUGAGGUAAAUGUGUACCGGUACCUGGCAUGAUAGUGUCAAUAAUAACGGAAGAAGAUAACCAGCUCUCAGCUAUGUAAAGUUGUUUUUGUCCCUAUUGUUUGUCAUAAAGUGCUUUAAUGCAAUGUGUCACGUAUUACAUGUGACAUUUAUCCAUAUAUUUUAUCAAUGGAUGAAUGAUCCUUUAAUAUGACUAUGACUAGUGGUAGUAAUAACAGAAAGCACCAUUAUUCAUUGGUCAUAUCAUAAGAUUCUUCAGUUUUUUAUGAAAUAUGUGAAGGAAAAAAAAGACUUGUUGUACGGACCACAUUGCAUGGAAUCGCCUUUUACCAUUUUUUUUUUACAACCGACCAAAGUGAAAAAAAAAAGAAAAAAAAAAUCACCACUGAAAUCAGUGAUCAAAAUCUCCAUGGGCUUUUGUCACCAAUACUGUUGCCAAAUUGUAUCUACCUGUAUUAAUUUUUCAGAGAUAAGCCCCCCCCCCCCCCUCCAAAAAAAAAGGCAAGGCUUGACAUUAACAGCGCACAUGGGCCCCCAAAAUCUUCAGUCUGGACCCCGAAAAUUAGGACACAUUUACAGUGGUCUCAUGCUUACAGACUUACAGAAUGGUCGGUGAUGAGCCCUGCAAAAGAUACUAUAGAGCCAUUAUUUUGAUCAUAUCACAUAUUGCAUUUUAAUGCAUAUCAUUCUUGUGUUGUGCGAUAUCUGUUUUGAUGAUUGAAUACUUUGCUCACCAUUGAUCAAAUUGAUGAGCAUUCAUUAUUGAGGUCUUUUGUGUGACUGAAGUUAGCUUUUUUCUCACUAAAAAUACAUGUAUUUUUUAUUUUACAUGUGUGGUCUAGUGGCUACGUCACCUGACUGUGGAUCACAUGAUUCAUGGUUUGAGCCCCGUCAUGGAACUAACGCCCUUAGGCAAGACAUUAAUCUGUAUGUGCCGCACCCAAGAAAGGUGAGGUAAAUGGGUACCUGGCAGGAAGUAAUUCUUUGAAAUGCUAGAGCGCCGUGAUGGCAGUCAUGCUAAAGCCGGCAUAGUAAUUGUUGAGCGCCAACAGUGUCGAGUCUGACAGACAUGAGCGCUAUACAAUAGCCCACUGUUAUUCUUGUUAUUAGUACUACAUGUAUGGAGUAGCACCUUGCACACUAUAUGAAUGCCUUUACUGAAUGAAUCAUCAGCAAAUUAUAUUAUUGUUUGU